AGACCGUCUGCACGAUUCAAGAUGGCCGGCCAGCCGCCAGACGGUGGGGCAGAGUCUCAGGUCCCUGACGAGCUCGAGUGUAAGAUCUGCUACAAUCGGUACAAUCUGAAGCAGAGGAAACCCAAAGUGCUGGAGUGCUGUCACAGGGUCUGUGCCAAAUGCCUCUACAAGAUCAUAGACUUUGGGGACUCCCCCCAAGGCGUCAUUGUCUGUCCUUUCUGCAGGUUUGAGACCUGCCUGCCCGACGAUGAAGUCAGUAGCCUGCCAGAUGACAACAACAUCCUGGUGAACUUGACUUGCGGAGGCAAAGGCAAGAAGUGCCUCCCAGAAAACCCUACUGAGCUGCUGCUGACCCCGAAGCGGCUGGCGUCUCUCGUCAGCCCUUCUCACACUUCCUCCAACUGCCUGGUCAUAACCAUCAUGGAGGUACAGAGAGAGAGCUCCCCAUCCCUGAGCUCCACUCCUGUGGUAGAGUUUUACCGGCCUGCAAGUUUUGACUCUGUCACCACUGUGUCCCACAACUGGACCGUGUGGAACUGUACAUCCCUGCUGUUUCAGACAUCCAUCCGGGUGCUGGUUUGGCUGCUAGGCUUGCUCUACUUCAGCUCCUUACCCCUUGGGAUCUACUUACUCGUGUCUAAGAAAGUCACCCUUGGGGUCGUCUUUGUCAGCCUCGUCCCUUCGAGCCUCGUUAUUCUCAUGGUGUACGGUUUUUGCCAGUGCGUUUGUCACGAGUUUCUAGACUGUAUGGCAUCUUCUUCUUAACCCGUAUGCAAACUAAGAAAUCUGACACACAUUGCCAUCUUUCAAGUUGGGUAAUUUAUCAUUUAAUUAUUUUAUAUUCUCUGUGAAGAGUGUCUGUGACGUUAACAAAGCCAUUGGCCCAAUGUUUGUGGUCUCUUUUCCAUCAAAAUUUGGAUUCCAUUGGUUUUUCUGUAUGACGGACAUAAAUGUGUUCGUUUCUACUUAGCUGUCGGCAGAGACACAGAAAUGUAUGAGUUAAGCCUUCCUAGAGCGCUUCUUUGGAGUCCUCCCACAGAAAGGGCAAGACGUCCCCCAGCCAGGCUAGACAGGGCCCAGGGGCGAGGUGUUGGGCUGUAGUACGGUCUUUGUGGACGUUUAGAGAUGAACGGAUUUCUCUUGUAAUCCUCGAUAGUCUGGGGUGGAGGGUAGACACGAGGAAGGCCGUUCCAAGACACAGCCACUUAAAAGUGUGACACCCUCUGCUCCCCCCACGCCCUCCCACACCUGGUUGUCAACACUUCCCAGAAUCCUCCUCAGGCGUUUCCUCUCUGAAGUUAACGCCACUACCUGUGGUCUGCUGCCCCAGGGAGGGGCUCGUUCCCUCCGCACAGAGGAGGAAAUUCCUCUUUGCCAAGAGGAAAUGGGCCUCGUGCUCUUGUGUGGUUUCAAUUAAUUACCUGUUUUGCCACAUUACUGAAGAGAAACUAAACCCACCGUGGACUCUGCAUCGCAGCACACUUCAUGACAGAACAUGGCGGCUUGUCUUUGAGACAUGCCCUUUCCUCCACAUUUAUUUUCCUCUCACCUCAGUCUUCUCGGAAGUUCUCACAGCCCACUUAUUGUUCAGGGAAACCUUCGGUGGGGUCUUUCCCUAAAACAUUUUAGUUGAGUUUUGUCUUGUCUACCGUCUUGUUCAAUGAGCCCUACCCCACACCCAGAAUGAGGUUCCACUUUUCCCCAUUGUAUUUCACAUUCCAGUGUGGAUUCUGGAACUUGAUCCUCUAACAGUUUGGGGUAGAUUGUGACAGUGGAAGCCCAGAAACAAUUGUUGAGAUGCUCUAGCUCACGGUUUGAGGUGCCGAGGACUGACGUAUGUUGCUGUACUGUACUGAAUCGUGACCCAAACAUGGUGGUUUAGGCUCAUGUGCAGUAGGCCAGGCAAAGAGACGGGCCAGAAACGCGCAGAGCCAGUGCAAAGCUCGCGAGGACCCUCCCAGGAAUUAAGAAGGAAAUGACAGAGCAUCACUUGACGUACUGCUGUUCUUGUCGCUAGUCCAUUUUAGAACGGAUUCAUGUUCUUACAUGAUUUAUUUCAAACAAAGGCAUAAGCUGUGUGACUUGCAUUCAUGUGAUGUAGGGGAAGUUGAAUGUAUAUAUUUAUGAGAAAAAAUUGUUUAGCAGAUUUUAGGUGUGAGGAAAUAGAAUGUCCACAGAAACUAGGCCAAAUGUUUAAAAAAAACUAAACAAAACAAAACUCUUCAGCUCCUAAAACCCGUUACUGAUGAUUAACAUUAAAAUAUUUAUUACUCUUAGAAAAGGGCAUUACUAAGACUAUUUCAAAUUGUUGCUGAUGAAACAUGCGUUGUGUGACAGUUACAGUGGGUCACUCCACAUCUCCUAAUCCGGGAAGAGUUGAUGCUUAUUUUCAGAAUAGUAGUUCGAUUUUAAUCAUAUAACUAUUGACUUUGAGAAUAUGUACACCCAAGGUGAGUAUGCGUGGAAAGCAUACGAGAGGUGUGUGGCCCAAUGAAUUGGAGCCCCAAGUUGUAGCUCAAUACAUUUAUAAUUUCAUAAAACCUAGUUUAGAUAGCAUAGUGAAUGCAGUUUCUGAAAACCCAUUUUUACUUAGAGUAAAUCUAAUGUUUAGGAGGUGUUUUGUGGUUCGGAUUUAUAUAUUUGUAAGGUUCUUUUUGUAAAAAAAAUGUUCAUUCUGUCUGAAAUGUACCAUCAAAUAAAUUGGUGAGUAAUAAUGACGAGAUUUCUAGAAAGCUCUGGAUGUGUGUACUUUGUAUUUUGCUUAUUUGUAUAAUGUCUGCAGUGCUAAAUUUGUGUUUCUUUGUAUAUUGUGAUAGUCUUCUUUUUAGUUGCUGGUAACUGCAUUUGGUUCUAAAGAGUUUUAAAUGUAAGACAGCAAAAUCUCUUCAUGGUGUUGAAUGAAAAUAGGACAAUGCUUCAAUGUUUUAUCCACUGUGAUAAUAUUUUGUUUGUCCAUUAAAUUGUUAAUGUCUCCACA